AUGCUGCGUCUGCUGCCGUGGUUCCUCCUGGCUCUGGUGGGGGACAGUCUGGCGCUGGUCGCUACCGCGCUGCCCCGUUCCGUUAACCUAAGGGAUGGGCAGAAGUUUGACUACAUUGUGGUUGGCGCUGGCGGAGGUGGUAUCCCGGCAGCGUCGCGGCUGGCCAUGGCUGGCCACGACGUCCUGCUGGUGGAAGCCGGAGAUGACCCCAAUCUGCUCAGUGAUAUCCCCGGAGCUGCCAUGGGACUGCUCGGUUCAAACAUAGACUGGCAAUACCCAACUAUACCCAAUAAUGUCUCCUGCCUCUCUGCACGAGAUAACAACGCGUGCCGCUUCAGCCGCGGCAAGUGUCUCGGCGGCUCCACAAGCAUCAAUUACAUGAUGUACACGCGAGGAAAUCCAAGAGAUUACGACGAUCUCUGCAUCGAUGGCUGGGCUUGGAACGACGUCAAACCGUACUUCCUUAAAUACGAGGGCUUGCAGGACUUGGACGAGCUACCACCCACUUCUAUUCCCUAUCACAACACCAACGGGACUAUGAAGGUAGGUUUCUUCGCCGACUCCGAAAACUCGUGGCAUUCGAGAAUAAUUAAAAGUCUUCAACUUUUAGAUAUCCCUUUCAAUCCAGAUGUAAACGCUAAAUCGCAAAUUGGGGUGACUCAAGUGGUGGGAUAUGUGCACAAAGGCGUACGUAUGAGCACUGCGCGUGGAUAUCUCACACACAAAGAUGUCAAAAAAGCAUUGAAAGUGGCGAAACGCACACGUUGCACUAGUGUCAUCCUGGAUGAGAACAAUAGCGCAAUCGGAAUUACGGUCAUAACUCAAAACAAACUGGAUUUGCUGGGAUUAGUCAAAAAGGAACUUAGUCUUUACGCAAGGAAAGAAGUAAUUCUCUCAGCGGGGGCGAUCGGUACCCCUCAGAUACUAAUGUUGUCCGGUAUAGGACACGCCGCCCAUUUGAAAAGCUUGAGGAUCCCCGUGCGCGUCGAUUUGCCUGUCGGCGAUAACAUGAGCGACCACGUUUUACCACUCUGUAUUAUACAAGCUGAUCCGGGUCUCGGCAUUCCCGUUCUGAAUCCUUUCGUCAUUGGAACGAAAGGCGCGCAGGGCGUGCAGUGGCUGGCCACAAAAGAUGGACCUCUCGCCUCCGACGGUCUGACAGACGCCACCGCGCUGAUAAACACCAAAUGCUACGACUUUGAACAGCGGAAACUCACUCAUAACAGUUCCGACUGCGAACUCCCGUCGCUGCAAAUAAUCAAUGCCUUUAUUGACCGCAAUCUGUUGCAGAGCAUCGAGCUCGUCGUUCAACAAGCGAUCGGUUUGAAAUUAGACGUCGUUCGUCAGCUGAGUGCCGCUAACGUCCACAAAGCCCUACUCGUUGUAUCGCCUGUGGUACUACGGCCGUAUUCUCGUGGCACUAUACGACUCAAGAGCACGGAUCCUACUGAUGAUCCUGCUAUAUUCCCAAAUUACCUGAGCGACGACAGAGAUAUAGAGGAAAUGCUCCGUAGCAUUACGAUUCUAGAGCAUCUGGCUGAAACGCCGGAAUAUAAGGCGCACAACGCGUCUCUUCUGCACUUGAAGUUUGAUGGAUGUCCAGAGUAUGAAGAUGACCGCGAAGGGUACUGGACGUGCUACUGUAGACAUAUGACGUACUCGGUGUUCCAUGCGGUGGGGACUGCGCGGCUAGGAGCUGUGUUAGAUGAACAGCUGCGCGUGCGAGGGGUGGAGCGGCUGCGCGUGGCCGACCUCAGCGCGCUGCCGGAGCUGCCCCGCGCCAAUACCGCUGCUUCCGCCAUCGCCAUCGGCGAACGCGUAGCUGACUUCAUCUUGAAUUGCGAAGCAGAAAAAUAA